AUGGACCGAGGUGUCUGUGUGGGAUUUUUGGAUGUAAUGCUGGUCUUCCUGCUGCUGGGCUCCGUCACAGGGUGGCUGCUGAUGGACCAUCGCAGAGAUGCAGAGGAUGACCAGGAGCUCAACAAAGCCAUUUUGGAAAUGCUGCAUAUCAAUAAAGUGUCUGCGAGCCAUCAGGCUAAGCCACAUCCCUACAUGAAAAGGAUCUAUCAGCGUUUGGACUCACUAGAGGCUCAAGACUUCGGGGGUUCAGAUGGGACGCUGGUGCAGAGCUAUCGCAGUGUUGUUGGUCCACAUCACGCACCUCCAGGAUGGAUCUGGUUCAAUGUCAGCAGCCUGAACCCCUCCAUGAUGGGUGCAGAGCUGGUCCUGUUCAGGAAAACCCUCCACCCCCAUCCCAUCAGCGUGACUGUCACCCUGCACAGCAUCACAGCUUCACAGGAAAGUCUGAAAGAAAGCCCUGCCCUCGAGGAGAGGCUGCUGACCCUGGACCAGCGACCCUCAUCUGGAUAUGAUGUGUUUGAUGUGUCAGCUGUUCUGGCUCUGAAGCCGCUGGAAGUGGUGGGCUUUCAGCUGCGUUACACAGAUGAGAGUGGGAGUCUGGUGCUCCAUGAAGCCCUGACACAGAGCCUUUACUGUCUGAACAGAGGCUCUCUGAGUGAACCCUUACUGGUGCUUUACCAAGCACACCCCCUCCACAUCUAA